CUCAAUAUGACUGAUUCUAAACCAUACACGAUCCGGUGGGGAAUCCUAGCAACCGGAGGCAUAGCCCAGAAAUUCACCAAAGACCUUGUCCUCGACCCCUCCACCCGCUCCGUCUCGGACGUAUCCCACACCGUCGUCGCCGCCGCCUCCCGCUCUCAAGAGCGCGCCCAGGAGUUCCUUACCUCCUGCGGAUGUCCCUCCACGGCCAAAGCUUACGGCGACUACGCCUCCCUCGCUGCCGACCCGGACGUCGACAUCGUCUACGUUGCCACGCCGCACUCUCACCACUACCAGAACGCGCGGCUCUGCCUGGAGGCCGGAAAGCACGUGCUGUGCGAGAAGGCGCUGACGGUGAACGCGGCGCAAGCGCGGAAACUGGUGGAGAUUGCGCGGGAGAGGAAGGUGUUUUUGAUGGAGGCGCAGUGGACGCGGUAUUUCCCGCUGGCGGUGGAGCUGCGGAAGAUGGUGAGCGAGGGGAAGAUCGGGACUGUACAUAGGGUGUUUGCGGACUUGAGCAUUGGGGAUAGUGGGACGCCGGAGGCGAAAUGGGGGGUGGAGAAUCGGAUGGUUAAUGUUGAUUUGGCUGGGGGCGCGAUGCUUGAUUUGGGCAUCUAUAGCAUUCUAUGGGUCUUCCAGUUCCUCUAUCACAUCCAGCCACCGCAGCAUCGCCUGCCGCCGAAUGUGGUCAGCCAAUUGACCAAGUACCCUAACACGGGAGCUGAUGAGCUGACGUCCCUCAUCAUGUCUUUCCCUCCCCUGAACAGCCAUGGGAUUGCAACGACAGGUCUUCGGGUAUCCUUUGACCCGGACAAUAAGGGGACCGCCGGACCUGCCGUCCGCAUCCAAGGCACCAAAGGAGAAAUCCAGGUUUUUGGUCCGAUCUUUCGUCCGACUCGAUUCCGCGUCAUUCCUCUUGAAGGAUUUACUAGCGUCGAGUUCGCCGAUGAAACCCGCGAGAUCCCGGGGCAAGGCAUGUUUUGGGAAGCGGACGAGUGCGCUCGGUGUCUCCGGGACGGCAAGUUGGAGAGCGAGACACUCCCACUCGAAGAGAGUCUUGUGAUGAUGGAUGUUAUGGACCAGGUCCGCCAACAGAAUGGUCUGGUAUAUCCUGAAAAGAUUGAGACGCUGGAGUAUCCACUGCCUGGAUUUUGAUUGCCUUGCUGGAACGAGGGAGUUUAUAGUAGCUGCAUCAGAACAAUCCUAGAGGCAUUUUUCAUUCAAAGAGGCUAAAUCUUGUUUUUCGAUAAUCGGCUUUUCUGUGUCAAUUGGAGUUGU